GAGGGCAGGAUGGUCUCGGACAUCGGGGCGGGCUGGCAGAGGCUGGAGCAGGCAGAGAAGGGGCACGAGGAGUGGCUCCUGACGGAGCUGCGGCGCCUCGAGCGCCUCGACCACCUGGCCGAGAAUCGGCAGAAAGCCUCGAUCCACGAGGGAUGGACCGAAGGGAAGGAGGUGGCCCUCAGGGACCGGGACUACGGCUCGGCCUCCCUGGCCCAGGUUCGGGCCCUGCUCCGCAAACACGAGGCCUUCGAGUCCGACCUGGCCGCGCACCAGGACAGGGUGGAGCAGAUUGCAGCCAUUGCCCAGGAACUCAACGAGCUGGAUUACUACGACUCCCCGAGCGUGAACGGGCGCUGCCAGCGCAUCUGCGACCAGUGGGACCUGCUGGGCUCCCUCACCCACAGCCGCAGGGACGCCCUGGAGAAAACGGAGAAGCAGCUGGAGACGAUCGACGAGCUGCACCUCGAGUACGCCAAGCGCGCCGCGCCCUUCAACAACUGGAUGGAGAGCGCCAUGGAGGACCUGCAGGACAUGUUCAUCGUGCACACCAUCGAGGAGAUACAGGGCCUGAUCUCCGCCCACGACCAGUUCAAGUCGACGCUGCCGGAGGCGGACAAGGAGCGGGAGGCGAUCCUGGCCAUCCAGCGGGAAGCGCAGCGGGCGGCCGAGCUGCACGGGAUCCUCCUGCCCCCAGGGAACCCCUACACCUCUGUCACCCCUCAGGUCAUCAACGCCAAGUGGGAGAGGGUGCAGCAGUUGGUGCCCAAGCGGGACCAGGCGCUGCAGGAGGAGCAGAGCCGGCAGAAUUCCAACGAGCACCUGCGGAGGCAGUUCGGCAGCCAGGCCAACAGGGUGGGGCCCUGGAUCCAGACCAAGAUGGAGGAAAUCGGGCGGAUCUCCAUCGAGAUGAACGGCACCCUGGAGGACCAGCUGAGCCACCUCAAGGAGUACGAGCAGAACAUCGUGGAGUACAAACCCAACCUGGAGCUGCUGGAGCAGCAGCACCAGCUCGUGCAGGAGGCCCUGAUCUUCGACAACCAGCACUCCAACUACACCAUGGAG